GGUCUUCACUUUCAUGUGGAAUAUUAUCAUACGACAUCACCACUACUGACGCGCGACAGGCAUGCAGUCAUAAAUAUAUGAAUGAGGUGCUCAGCUGACAUCAUGUCAUAUUAUAGCCAGUCGAAGUUGCAAAUAACCACGGACAACUAUUCAUCACCAUGGCCCCCGAAGGAGCGAUCAAAUGCAAGGCUGCAAUUGCGUAUGCUGCUAAUGAGCCCUUGAAGAUCGAAGAGAUAUACGUUGGAGCCCCCAAGGCUGGUGAAGUACGGGUGAAGGUUGUCGCCAACGCGCUCUGCCAUACAGAUAUCUAUACUCUGUCAGGUCAAGAUGCCGAGGGAAAGUUCCCUUGCAUCCUCGGUCACGAAGCUGGGGCAAUUGUGGAGAGUGUGGGUGAGGGUGUCACCUCAGUCAAGGUUGGCGAUCACGUCAUUCCCUGCUACACCCCCCAGUGCAACGAAGACGACUGCAUUUUCUGUCAGUCACCAAAAACAAAUCUUUGCCCAAAGAUAAGAUCUACACAAGGCCAGGGAGUCAUGCCUGAUGGUACCAGUCGCUUCACCACAUUGGACGGCAAGCCUAUCUACCAUUUCAUGGGUUGCUCUACGUUUUCCGAGUAUACGGUGGUUGCUGAAAUCUCAUGUGCCAAGAUCGUUGAGGAGGCACCCUUGGAAGUUGCUUGCUUGCUUGGCUGUGGUGUUUCAACUGGAUUCGGUGCCGUUAUGAGAACUUGCAAAGUCGAAGAGGGAUCUACCGUAGCUGUGUGGGGACUGGGUGCAGUGGGUCUGGCGGCAAUUCAGGCCGCAGCGUUGAACAAGGCCAGUAGAAUCUUUGCCAUUGAUAUGAAUGAAGGCAAGUUCGAACAUGCGAAAAAGCUGGGAGCUACAGAGUGUCUCAACCCAAAGGACUUCGACGAGCCGAUUGAAAAAGUACUUGUUGAGAAGACCAAAUGGGGAGUGGACUACACCUUCGACGCCACGGGAAGCGUCAAAGUUAUGCGAUCUGCAUUGGAAGCCGCACAUCGAGGUUGGGGAGUGAGUUGUGUUGUAGGUGUUGCUCCUGCCGGAGCAGAAAUCAGCACAAGGCCGUUCCAAUUAGUGACUGGCCGCCAGUGGAAGGGUACGGCCUUUGGAGGAUGGAAGAGUCGCACGGAUGUCCCCAUGCUGGUUGAUAAGUGGCAGGCUGGUGAUCUUCCCAUCGAACACUACAUUACACACAAGUUCAAGGGAAUCGAGACGACGGCCGAAGCCCUCGAUGCCUUGCAUUCAGGUGGCUGCCUGAGAGCUGUGGUCGAGUAUUAGUUAAGUAGCGCAGAUACAAGCAUGGGCGACAGUGUUGUAUUGGCUUGAAUCCAUAAAAUGCUCAUGCGAACGCUCAGAUUUCCACUGUUGUAUUCCUUUGAAAUAUCACACAUUUUCUACUUGAUGAGAGCCAAGAAACCUGAAUGACUUACUGUGCUC